AUGGCUUUGGCAGCUAAGUUGAGCUGGACUAUAUGCCAUCUAGAUGUUAAAUCUGCAUUCUUGAAUGGUAUACUGGAUGAAGACAUAUUUGUAGAACAACGUGAAGGCUUCAAGGUUCCAGGCAAAGAGCAAAAUGUGUACAAGUUACAUAAAACACUUUAUGGCCUGAAACAGGCUCCAAAAGCCUGCCCAAAUGAAUCAACACUUUACAUAAAAAGACUUGGGAAUGAAGUAAAACUUAUUGUCUCCUUAUUCAUGCAAUCACCAAGCAAUGCUCAUAUGGUUGCUGCCAAACGGAUUUUAAGGCACAUAAAGGGAACAUCAACGUAUGGUUUAUGGUUCUCUAAACAAGAAAACAACAAACUUGUGGGAUUUUCUGACAGUGAUUGGGCAGGAAGUGUGGAAGAUGCAAAAAACACCUUUGGUUACUGUUUUUCAUUUGGAAGUGCGGUGUUUUGUUGGAAUUCAAAAAAACAAAAGGCUAUUGCUCAAUCAUCUGUUGAGGCAAAAUACAUUGCUGCCAUUUGGCUAAGAAAACUUCUCAAGGACUUGGGCCAUGUUCAAGAUGAAAGUGUAGUGCUUUUUGUGGACAAUAAAACAGUCAUUGCAAUUGUUAAAAAUCCAGUUCAUCAUGGUAGAACAAAGCACAUCAAUGUGAAAUUUCAUGCAAUUCAGGAGAAUGUUAAAACCUUCAAGGAUGUCAAAGGUUGUGAUGAUGCUAAACAAGAGCUUGUGGAAGUGGUAGAGUAUCUGAAAAACCCAUCAAAGUUUACUCGACUUGGUGGGAAGUUGCCUAAGGGAAUUCUUUUGACUGGAGCGCCAGGAACUGGAAAAACUUUGCUUGCCAAGGCUAUUGCUGGUGAAGCUGGGGUACCAUUUUUCUAUCGAGCAGGAUCUGAAUUUGAGGAAAUGUUUGUUGGUGUUGGUGCCCGACGUGUAAGGUCCUUAUUUCAAGCAGCUAAAAAGAAGGCACCUUGCAUCAUCUUUAUUGAUGAAAUAGAUGCUGUUGGAUCCACAAGAAAACAAUGGGAAGGCCACACCAAGAAAACAUUGCAUCAACUACUUGUUGAAAUGGAUGGUUUUGAACAGAAUGCAGGAAUAAUCUUGAUGGCCGCAACAAAUUUGCCUGACAUUCUUGAUCCUGCUUUGACAAGGCCUGGUAGAUUUGACAGGAAUAUUGUUGUUCCAAAUCCUGAUGUGCGAGGUCGACAGGAAAUUCUGGAGCUCUAUCUUCAGGAUAAACCUUUGGCAGAGGAUGUAGAUAUUAAAUCAAUUGCCAGAGGUACACCAGGAUUCAAUGGAGCAGAUCUUGCAAACUUGGUAAACAUUGCUGCCAUUAAGGCUGCUGUUGAAGGUUUGGAGAAGAUAACAGCCACUGAGUUGGGGUAUGCUAAAGACAGGAUACUUUUGGGUACUGAGCGUAAAACUAUGUUCAUAUCAGAAGAAUCAAAAAAGCUCACUGCAUAUCAUGAGAGUGGUCAUGCAAUUGUUGCUUUUAACACUGAGGGUGCACAUCCAAUUCACAAGGCAACAAUCAUGCCACGUGGAUCUGCAUUAGGAAUGGUGACCCAGCUCCCUUCAAGUGAUGAGACAUCAGUUAGCAAGAAGCAGCUAUUAGCUCGUCUUGAUGUUUGUAUGGGGGGAAGGGCUGCAGAGGAACUCAUCUUUGGUCAGGAUCAUGUCACAACUGGUGCAAGUAGUGAUCUUCACACAGCUAUAGAGCUUGCCCAAUACAUGGUA